AUGGCGGCGGCACCGGGGGCCGUCCGCAUAGGCCUACGUGCUACUCUGGGGGUGGAGAGGCGGACGCGGAGCUCCGCGGUGGCGGCCUCAGCGGGCGGCGGAGGCAACGGCAGAGGGCGGCGCGGUGGGAGCGAGGGCAGGAAGCGGCGUGAGGAUGCGGCCCUUGAGGCUUCGGUGGAGAGGACGAGGGAGUUCUUAUUUUUUGUUUACCAGCUGAAGUGUUAUACUGUACAAACAGUGGGAUAA